UCUAUCACCACAGAACAGGCUCGCAUUUUAUUUCCACCAUGGAUUGAGGGGUUAAGCUUAGAUAAUUUAGAGAUCAGACCUGUCUUUCUUUUUCUUUUGUUACUGGCCAGUCUUCUUGUGCUGGAAAUAUAAGAUUUUAAAUGGGAAGUUGGUAGCUUCUUCUGCCAGCCUGAAAGGAGGAUUCCCUCAACUCCUAGAGGACACAGCUGAGCAAAAUCCCUGCCAGCCCAUGGAUGGCCCUGGGAUGGAGUCAGAAGGCAGAAUCAACAAGACGAUCUCUUCUUUAAUGAGCCAUAAAAGGAACUUGACAUAUUUGCCCUACUACCAGCACUCCCCACCUGUUGCCGCUAUCUAUAUAAUCUCCUACUUGUUUAUCUUCGCCUUGUGCAUGGUUGGGAACAGUCUGGUUUGCUUCAUUGUGCUGAAGAACAGCCGGAUGAGAACAGUCACCAACCUCUUUAUCCUCAACCUAGCCAUCAGCGACCUGCUGGUUGGGAUUUUUUGUGUGCCCACCACACUCGUGGACAAUUUAAUCACAGGCUGGCCCUUCAGCAAUGGAAUCUGCAAGAUGAGUGGGCUGGUUCAGGGCAUGUCUGUGUCCUCGUCUGUUUUCACGCUGGUGGCGAUUGCUGUGGACAGGUUCCGCUGCAUCAUUUAUCCCUUUAAAUCGAAGCUCAGUCUGCUCAAGGCCCUGAACACCAUCAUGGUCAUCUGGGUCCUGGCCAUCACCAUCAUGUGCCCUUCUGCUGUCAUGCUCACGGUGGUGCAGAUUGAGGAUCACUACAUGGUGUACAAUGACAACCAGAGCCUGGCUUACCCCUUGUAUUCCUGCUACGAGGCCUGGCCCAACAGCGAGAUGCGCAAGGUCUACACCACUGUCCUUUUUGCUCACAUCUACGUGGCCCCAUUGACCCUCAUCAUGGUCAUGUACGGUAGGAUUGGCGUCAAACUCUACAGGUCAUCGGGCCCGGUGAGCAAGCACAGGGUGGAGAACCAGGAGUGCUGCAGUGCUGCUGUCUCCAGGAGGAAGGUCAAGGUAAUCAAGAUGCUCAUUCUGGUGGCCCUGCUCUUCAUGCUCUCCUGGCUGCCCCUGUGGACCCUGAUGCUGUUCACAGACUACACCAAGCUGGAUGACGACCAGAUCGACCUGCUGACGGGCUACAUCUUCCCCUUCGCGCACUGGCUGGCCUUCUCCAACAGCAGCGUCAAUCCCAUCAUCUAUGGCUACUUCAAUGAGAACUUCAAGCGGGGCUUCCAGGCAGCCUUCAAAUUCCAGGUUUGCUCAGAGGAGAUAGGGCAUCAUGAGGCCUAUUCGGAGAAGGUGACGGGCAGCACCAGUGGCUUCAGCACUCGCAACAAGAUCUUCACCGACAGGGAAUCCUCCGACUCCGUCUGCCUCAAGAACCUGCAUGCCAAAGUCUCCUGCCCUGUGCAGAAUGGACAGGCCCAGAAACAGGGACUUCACCUGCAGGAUAUUGAUAAAAUCACCCCUCUGAACAAAGUCUGCAAAGCAUGGGAUGAGUGAGACGGCUGGCGAGAUGGGAAUGCUGUCUCUUUCCAUUUGCAAACGUCACUUUUAUUUGUUACAGUGAUGCAUGUGCAGUGAGGAGUAUUUUCCCCUCAGGCCUGGUACCUAGCUAUUCAUAUUCUGUUUUGUAAAUGCAAAAUGAAUCGCAUGGAGCUGCUGUUCAAUAUUCCUAUCGAUGCACAAAUAUCUGUCAAUCACUUUCAGUGUAUAGUUGAGGCUAGCUGUCAUAUAAAAUGUCUAUGUCUUAAAGCUACAACUCCAUGCAGAGUUUCCUUGGCUUGCAAUCAGAAUGUGGUUCUUUUGGGGGUGGAAAAAUGUAUUUCACAGGUCAGGAUUCAGUUUUGCAUUUAAAAAAAAAAUCUAUGAGUAUUUGUCUUCUUAUGUUAGCAAACUGCUGCUUGUCAAGCUCCUACUGCUGUUGGGCUGCCCCAUCUGUUAUAUGUGCGGAAGAGAAUCCCAAAGCUGAUAGGGCAGCCGUAGUCUCUCUCUGGAUGCUCUUGCAAGGUUCCAAGGUCAGUACUUCAGGACACAAAAAACAUUCCAGCAGCUCUGCAGUGUAACACAAGAAAUCGCAGCUGUAUCCAGGGAGAGUGUCACAAUAAACACUCCACACUUUUGUUACUAAGAUCACUUUAAAACUGAAAGGAUUAAAAAAGAAAACCCAUCUAGGCCCCAAUCCAGCAAAGCACUUAAGCAGAUGCUUAUCUUCAAGCAUGGGAGUAGGCCAGAUCCUGAUGCUUUUCACCAUUCCUGCUCCUUGACCCUGUCUAGACUAGAAAUAUGCACUGGUUUAACUAAAUAGAUUAAAAAAUAAUCUAAUUCAACUAGUACAAACCCUUAAUAUAGAUACACUUAAGACGGUUUAACCUUUGUUUAAACAGGUUCAGCUGAGUCAGUACGUUACAGUGAAAUUGGCAAGGGUUAAACUGGUUUAGCGCCUCUGGAUUAGGAAUUUUCCCCAGUAUAAUGGAUCAAUUUUCUGAUUGAUUUAGUUCAACCAGUGCACACAUCUAGUACGGACUAGGCCUUUGUUACUGCUUGGCAUUUUGCUCAGCAAAAAUUCCUCCUGUGGACACGAUGAACUACCGAAACAAUGGAAUAGCAGACAUCACCAAAGACCGUCAGCCAAAUUCUGUUCAUUUACACUUGUGUAAAUUUAGAGUAAUACCAUUUCUCUCAGGGCAGUUACUCCAGAUGCACAUUGCUGUGUCGGAGAAGAGAGCUUACCACAUCAUCUCCCCAGCUGCCAGGUGCUGCUUGGGGACAAUGCAGAACUGCAUGUCCCCCAAGGGCAUUGCCCCUCAGCAGAGCUUGUGAUAUGCAAUACACAGUGUGCCUGUUCCAGUGAUUGGCCCUUGGAGAUUUCACUGGCAACACAUCCUGAGCAGGCAGUCAGCCACACAGGUCUGCUAGAACAUGAGUCUAUUAUGCUCUUUGAUCCAUCUGUACCCAUUCUUUGAAUGUAGAUUAGCUCAUGCAAAUUGUACACACAAUAGCCUAACCAUUUCCUGUUGGUUCCAAAGCCCAUGCUAAAUCAGCUCAUGUCUAUUCAUAAUCACAUUGCUGGAAAAUCAUGAGCACUGUGAAUCAGUGACUUUUCCUCACGCCCGUGUCUUGCUCCUGUGAUACAUAGGGAAAUUCAUUACAGUGUUUUAAUGGGUUCUGUGCCAUUUCUCUGGAUUUCAGGGAUUUGCGGCAAUGAGAAAUGAGAAGGACUCCAAAGAACAAAGGGGAUUGGAGGCAGAGGCAGAAAGAACUGAACAUAAAGAGGAUAGUCUAAAACAGGGGUAGGCAACCUAUGGCACGCGUGCCAAAGGUGGCACGCGAGCUGAUUUUCAGUGGUGCUCACACUACCCGGUCCUGGCCACCAGUCCGGGGGGCUCUGCAUUUUAAUUUAAUUUUAAAUGAAGCUUCUUAAACAUUUUAAAAACCUUAUUUACUUUACAUACAACAAUAGUUUAGUUAUAUAUUAUAGACUUCUAGAAAGAGACCUUCUAAAAACGUUAAAAUGUAUGACUGGCACGCGAAACCUUAAAUCAGAGUGAAUAAAUGAAGACUCGGCACACCACUUCUGAAAGGUUGCCGACCCCUGGUCUAAAAUGAGCUGCCAAACUAGUGCGGUGCCCCACCACUAAGUUAAUCUAGCAGGGAAUCCCAAUAUUUAAAUGCAGAAAACUAGAUCCUGGAUGCCAACAGAAAUUCCUGCCCUUGUGUGUUACAGGCCAAAAGAGACCAUUGCAUUUUGCCCCAAUGUGAGUGGUGACCCAUUUCACAGGCUAAUGGGAGCUUUCCAGAACACCAACCCACCCCAUUCCCAUCUUUGCAGCAUCCUCCUUUUCCAAGAGCAAAUGAAUCCUGCACCAAAGAGCGGCCUUGAUUUAGCAUUGAAUAAGGACUAGGAAUGGCUGAGCCAUUACAAACAUUGAAUCUAUCUCCCCUUGUAAGUAUUUGCACACUUCUUAUCAACCUGUCUGUACUGGGCUAUCCUGAUUAUCACUUCAAAAAAAUUUUUUUCACUUACUUAAUUGGCCUCUCAGAGUUGGUAAGACAACUCCCACCUGUUCAUGCUCUCUGUAUGUGUAUAUAUAUCUCCUCAAUAUAUGUUCCAUUCUAUAUGCAUCCGAAGAAGUGGGCAGUAGCCCACGAAAGCUUAUGCUCUA